AUGUAAUUAAAUUAACAAUCUCAUUAAGAAUAACAAUCUAAUGCAGCAGAACAAUGUGAAUAUUGUUAAGUGUAUGUGCUAACAAUGUAAAGAUAAUUACAUUAAUAAAAAUGUUUGGCAAAAAACUAAUAUUAAUCUUAAAAUACUCCAUCCAUUCCUAAUUUUCCUCGAAAUUAGAUUGUAAUAAAUUAAUUAAUAUAGAAUGAUAACAUACAAAACAAUUAGCAACAAAAAUUCUUUAAUUAAACUAAAUUUAAUAAUGAAUAAGUAGGUAAUUAAGAAUAGAAUUUUUAAUAGAAUAACAAUUUUCAACCAGAUAAAUAACAAUAAUAAAAAGCACAUUAUAGACCUAUUCUAUUAACUGAACAACCUACGAUAAAUAAAAAUAAUAAUUAAGGAGUUUUUAAUUAAGGUUUCCAAUAAAAUAUAUAAUAAUAAUAACAAAAUGGUUUAUAGAAAUUUUUAUCAAAUGAUCCAAGAAAUUAACCAUUUUAAUAAUAAUAAACCAUUAACAAUCCCAAAUAUAUACAAAGACAAAAUCAAUUUGAAGGUGUACAAUCAUAAUAAUAACUACAAAAUGAUGAAGAAUUGUAAACUUUUUAAUAUUAACAAAGACCUUCACUAUUUUAAAAGAAUAAUGCUUAAACAAUUUAAUAGUAAUAUUUUUUUAAUUAAUAUAAUUAAUCAUCUAAUUAAAAAGAAUAAUUUUGA